GUUUCUGUUUUGCUUUCAGUGCAACAGCUGAGAGCUCUCUUUUUUGUGAAAUUGUGCAUAUUUUUAGUUUGUUUUGUUUCGUUUAGCGUUUCGUUCCGACACGCAACAUGUCCGCGCCCAAGAACGAGAUGUACUACAGCCUGUUGGAGUGGUUCAAGACCCUCAAUCUGAAUGCUCCGCACGCAGAUGCGGAAUCUCUGGCCGACGGAGUGGCUCUGGCCCAGGCCCUGAAUCAAUUCGCCCCCGAAUCCUUCACCGACGCCUGGCUGUCCAAGAUCAAGGCCAGCGCCGUGGGCAGUAACUGGCGGCUGCGGAUGAGCAACCUUAAGAAGGUGACGCAGUCGGUGUAUGACUACUACAGCGAAGUGCUCAACCUCUCCCUGAGUGAUUUCUCCAAACCGGAUCUGCAGAGGAUUGCCGAGAAAUGCGACCUGGGCGAACUGGAGCGCCUGCUGCAGCUGGUCCUCGGGUGCGCCGUCAACUGUGCCAAGAAGCAGUCCUACAUCACGGAGAUUAUGUGUCUGGAGGAGGAGCUGCAGGCUAACAUUAUGCGCGCUCUUCAGGAGCUGGAGACCACAAGGCAAGCUUCCUCGCCGGAGGGCGGUGUGGUCAGCUCCCUGUCGCGCAGCUCCCUCAGCGGAAUUCUGGACACCAAGGCCGUGCAGGAGGAGCGCGAUGCCAUGGCUCAGAAAUGCUUCGAGACCGAGAAGAAAAUGCUGCUGCUGAUCGACGAGAAAACGAACCUUCAGCAGGAGUUGCAGAAGCUACAACAGGAGUUUGCCCGCCUGGAGCAACACUCUACGGUGAUUGGGGAUGAUGGUGUCUCUUUGGGACCAGUCCAAGCCGGAUCUGUGCGCUACAACGAGCUGCGCCGCCAGCUGGACCUACUAAAGGAGGAGCUGCUACAGUCCGAAGGAGCUCGCGAAGACCUAAAACUCAAGGCCCAACAACAGGAUACAGAUCUGCUUCACAUGCAAAUGCGCAUCGAGGAAUUGAUGAAAAGCUCUGCUGAGGUAAUCACUCUUAAGGACGAGGUCGACGUUCUACGGGAAUCCAAUGACAAACUCAAGAUUUGUGAGGCCCAGCUUGACACGUACAAAAAGAAGCUAGAAGACUACAACGACCUGAAGAAGCAGGUCAAGAUCCUGGAGGAGCGCAGCGCCGACUAUGUACAACAAAAUGCGCAGUUUGAGGAGGAUGCCAAACGAUAUGCCAAUACUAAAGGUCAGGUGGAAUUGUUCAAGAAGGAGAUCCAAGACCUGCAUGCCAAGCUGGACGCCGAGAGCAGCAAGAACGUUAAACUCGAGUUUGACAACAAGAAUCUGGAGGGCAAGAACCUAGCCCUGCAGCGGGCCAAGGACAGCCUGCUCAAGGAGCGCGAUAAUCUUCGCGAGACCGUCGACGAGCUGAAAUGCGGACAACUGUCCUCCAACUCGGCGCUGACUGGCACCACCGUUUCCCGGGAAUUGCAGCCGUCUGCAACUGUGGAAAAACUUCAGCGUCUGGAGGCGGAGAACAAGGCGCUGCGCGAGGGGCAGGGCGGCCAGACAGCUUUGGCGCAACUUCUGGACGAUGCCAACAAACGCUGCGAAAAUUUGCGUGAGCAGCUUAAGACGGCCAAUGAACGUAUUCUUUCCCUAUCGCAUGCCUCCCAAAGCGAUGAUCCUAUUUUGAAAGAGAGCGAGUUUGGCAAGCAAAUUAAACAGCUGAUGGAGCUAAAUGAGCAGAAGACUCUUCAACUGGAGGAAGCUGUGACCCAGAGCACGUCUCUGCAAUGUAAGGUGACUCAGCUGGAAUCUAAUUUAUCAGCACGUGAGCAAGAAAUUCUGGUGUAUGACGCCAAAUACCGAAAAUGCGUGGAGAAGGCCAAAGAGGUGAUCAAGAGCAUAGAUCCGCGAAUUGCUAGUGCACUAGAUGCUAGUGUGCUGGAAAAGAGUGCUGACCUUGUCGAGGAGGAACCGAAGCCUAAGAUGAGUGUGAUGGAGGAGCAGCUAAUGACCUCCGCCUUCUACAGGCUAGGUGUUAAUGCCCAACGCGAUGCAAUCGACUCAAAGCUGGCCAUCCUAAUGGGCUCGGGCCAGACCUUCCUUGCCCGCCAGCGGCAGUCGGCACCUCGCAAAUCCCUAAGUGCAAUGAAAUCAAAGUAGAAAGCAUGAACCUGAUGAGUAGCCUAAGUAUCUUUCUUGUUUGAAAAUUUAUAUAAAUAAUAUAUAUAUAAUGCAAGUA